UUCUGGCUAGAGCGUAAUCGGCUACACAGGACAAUGCGCGACGACAUUCGCAUCGUAUUAGUAGGCGAUGAUGGUGUCGGCAAGAGCACAUUGGUUACAGCGCUUAUCAAGGAGACGUUUAUUGCAAAUGUCCAAGCGGUGGUCCCCGAGGUGACCAUUCCGCCCGAGGUCACACCAGAGAACGUAACGACGCACAUUAUCGACACAUCACCGAAAGCCGACGACCAGGAAGUGCUGGAGACAGAACUGCGCAAGGCCAACGUGGUCUGCAUCGUCUUCCAGCGCGUGCACGAGCACUGGCUCACGAUGCUGCGGCUGCAGGGCAUCAACCUGCCUGUGAUCCUGGUCGGCAACAAAGUCGAUCUACGCGACGACGAGAAUAUCCCGGGCACGGUUCUCGAAGAGGAGGUGGUUCUGAUCAUGAACGAGUACCGCGAGAUUGAGAUCUGCGUUGAGUGCUCCGCCAAGGCCCUGCUGAACGUCUCAGAGCUGUUUUACUUUGCCCAGAAAGCCGUCCUGCACCCGACACGGCCCCUGUAUGAUGCGCGUGACCACACCAUGAAACCCAAAUGCACCGAGGCUCUGGCGCGCAUUUUCCGGCUGUGCGACAUGGACGGCGACGGCAUGCUGAACGACAACGAGCUGAACGAGUUCCAGCGCAAGUGCUUUAAUACGCCGCUGCAGCAGCGCGAGCUCGAGGGUGUGAAGGAGAUUGUCAAGGCGAGUCGCCCCGACGGCGUCACUGAGGGCGGCCUGAAUGUCGAGGGAUUUCUGUACCUGCACCUGCUGUUUAUUCAGCGCGGCCGUGUCGAGACAACCUGGAUGGUGCUGCGAAAGUUUGGCUACGGUGAUGACUUGAGUCUGCGCGAAGACUACCUGUGCCCCGAGUUUGACGUGCCUGCAGACUGCUGCGUCGAGCUCAGCCUCAACGGCUACGCAUUCCUGACCGAGAUCUUCAAGCGGUACGACGCGGACGGCGACAGUGCCUUCUGCCAGGAGGAGCUCGACAACAUCUUCAGUCUGUCGCCGGGCAUUCCGUGGAAGCGCGGCAAGUUCCCGCAGUCGACAGUGACGAAUGCCGCUGGCUCUGUGACCCUCGAGGGCUGGCUGGCGCAGUGGAGCAUGACGACGCUGCUCGACCACAAGCAGACACUGGCGUACCUGGCGUACUUUGGGUUCCCGGGCGAUAUCCGCGACGGCCUGCGGCUAGUCCCCCGGCGCAGCGGGUCGCCCAGCGCCAACGCACUGCGGAAGCGCAAGAAGGGCAAACUGCAGCGCAACGUGUUCCUCUGCUACGUGGUGGGCGCGCAUGGCUCGGGAAAGACAUCGCUGAUAGACGCGUUCGCCAAAAAGCCACACAGCGAGGACUACGUGCCAACGACACGAUCAAUGACCACGGUGAAUUCAGUCGACGUCAAGGGCUCGGAAAAGUACCUGGUGAUGCAGGAAUUCGGGCCCUACGACACCAGCGUCCUGCAGAGCCGCAAGCAGCUGGAGAUCUGCGAUCUCCUGGUAAUGGUGUACGACUCGAGCGACCCGAACUCGUUCUCGUACCUGACGAACCUGCGCAAAAACUACGCCCUGGACUCGCUGCCGACCAUUUUCGUCGCCACCAAGAGCGAUCUGGACUACGUCGAGCAGCGGUCGGAGCAGCCGCCGGAUAUCUACUGCCGCGAGCUGAAGCUGACGGCGCCCGUGUACGUCUCGGUGCGCGAGUCGCAGAUGGCGAACGUGUUCCAGCGCAUGGGCGCGAUCACCCGGGUGCCGGCGUCGGCUACGCCCGCGGUUCUGCUGUCGCGGCCAAACUCGUGGUCGGUAACGCGGAUUAUUGGCGUCACGGCCUUGGCGGGGGCAAUCAGGUACUGGUGGAACCAUGUAAUACACUCGCGCAGAAAAGAAUUGUGAAAAAUUACCCUACAUACUGAAAUAAACGCCUUCUUUUCUUUCGUUGCACAUUCAGAGCUCUGGCAUCAGCUUAUCGGGCGAUAAACACACCAUGACGACAAAUGCAUAUGCGAAAAAUAUCGAACAUAUGCAUUCCAACAAGGGUAAGAAUAUAUUUAAACGAUGUAGUAUUUAUUAUAGAACCUACUU